AUGGUCAAAGUGCUUCUCAGAAAGUGGUAUCCCCCGAGUAAUAGAGUUGAGAUUAGUGAUCAGAUUUACGAGUUUAAUCAACGUCAUGGGGAGAAACUUUUUGAAGCUUGGGAGAGGUAUAAAGAAUAUUUGGAUAGGAGUCCGAACCAUGGUUUCCCAGAUAACAUUCUGAAGGAGAAAUUCUACAGAGGUCAAGCAUGGCAUUCGAGUAAUUCUGAUGAUUUAUCACUUAGGACACCACUGAUCCAAAAUAUUAUGAAGGAUAUCCGGGAGACACAGCAGACAUUGGCACAACUGGCCACUAAUAUCUCUUUACUAAUGAAGAGGUUUGAUGAGAGUGAAGCGAAGAAGAAUCUACCGAGACCUCAACAGGGGCAAGGUGCAUACAACAACAACCAAGGGAACUAUAAUAACAACUAUGAUGGACCAAACCAAGGUAGAUGCAACAACAAUAAUGGUAACUUCAAAAACAGAAGUUCCAACCCUUAUAUUCCACCAAAAGGGCAAUCUAAUGAUCAAGGUAGUUCGAGGUUGGAGUCAAUGCUUGAAAAAAUGUUGGCAAGUAAGACGAAUACUAAAAUGACACUAUCUGGGCUAUCAGAUAUAGUGGUUUCUCACUCAGCAGCUAUUCAAAACCAUGAACAACAGAUGCGUGAUCUUUCUAGAGAGCAGUAUCGUGCUAGAAAGGGAGGACAUCCUAGUGAUACUAUUCCAAACCCUAAGAAUGGAGGUGGUGGUGUGGAGUGUACUUUUCAUAUUAGCAUGAGAAGCGAUAAAAUAAUUCAAAGUACUGACAAGAAAGUGGUUGAUCUAGAUCCGGUUAAUGAGGAAGAAGAGGUGAAGUCUGAUAUGUCUAUUAUGGAUGAUGAGAUGAUGGAAAAGAAGAAUGAUGAUGCUAAGUGUCAAAAUUUCUAUGAUCAGUUGAAGCAGUUAACGGUGAAUUUUCCAUUCCUAGAUGCUGUGAAAUUUGAUAAGUUCAUGAAGGACCUGCAUACGAAGAAGAGGUCUUUUCAGCAUGAGACAGUGAAUUUAACUCAUCAGCUAUCCGGAUUAGGAAUGCCUAGACCGACUUCUAUGCGAUUACAAAUGGCGGACAGAUCCAUCAAGAGGCCAGUUGGGGUUGUGGAUGAUGUGUUGAUACAAGUGGGUAAGUUCAUGUUGCCUGCAGAUUUCAUUAUUCUGGAUUGUGUGGUUGAUAAAGAUAUUCCCAUCGUCUUGGAAAGACCCUUCCUUGCUGCGGGCAGAGCGCUUAUAGACUCUGAGAAAAACAAGAUCAAGUUCCGACUGAAUGAUGAAGAGGUGACUUUCCAAGCAAGUAAGGGGAUGAAGUUGCCAAGUACUUAUGAGAAUAUCUCAGUUAUUGAUUCGUUUGAUGGGAUUGAUGAUGCUGUCGAACAUAAAAUGGAAGAAGAAAGUUUGGGAGAAGCUCUUGCUGCUAUUAGGUGA